CUCAAGUCGUUAACCGCUGAAACUGGAUUGAGACUUCUGCCCAGUCUUCACGUGGAAAAGGUAUCAACUGUUCAUGCUCCAAUUAAUUUUGUAACUUAUCUCAAAGAAAUAUGUAUAUAAAAUAAAAAGCAAGCUAAUACAUAUACAGAUGUCUUGACAAUUGUUUUUUUUUUCAUGUAAAAAUGGUGCAAUAAAUUCAUUAUAUGCCACCAACUUUGAUAAGAAUUUCUUCAAAAAUAAUAAAAAGUACAGCGCGAUAUAACUGGGGAGGAAUGACUUUAAAAGGCCAGAAGUUUUUGAGAACUCCUUGUAGUUGGUUCUUAAAGACUACACAGGCUACAUAAUGAAAGUGAUCGUACUGAGUUUAUUCUUUGCUGUUGUAUCAGCAUCUGCUGCUAAUUUUGAAGGCAGGAUCUACAAUGGAGUUAAAACCGUUAACGGAGAGUUUCCCUACGUCUUGUCUGUUGCGUUUUUUGGAUCUCAUGUGUGCGCUGCCACAUCAUUAACCAAUACGUGGGUUCUUACAGCUGCACAAUGCAUAUUUCCAGGUUUACCAUCUAGUAUUGGCCUAUACGGUGGCAGUGUUGAUUUAAAUCCAAAUGCAGGAUAUUUCAUUAAUGCAGUAAGACUUUUAACUCAUCCGGAAUAUGAGAGUGGUAUAAAUCCAUAUGAGUACGAUGCUGGGUUAAUUGAAGUUGCUCCCAACUCGUAUUUAGUGAACUUUAUAGCAUUGCCUAGUAGUGGAAUACCUGCAACUGGGAUAGAAGCUACUUCAGUCGGUUGGGGAGUUACUUCAGAACUUGAUCUUACCUUUUCUUAUACACUUCGUAAAGGGAACUUUCAAGUAAUAAGCAAAAAUACGUGCAGACUUUAUUACGGUGAUUAUAUUACCGAUAACAUGAUCUGUGCACAGUCUUAUCAAUAUACUAUGUGCCCAGGCGAUAGUGGAGGACCUCUAAUACUAACAAGUACCUCUAACAAUCCCAUCCAAUACGGUAUUAUGUCCUUUAGUUAUCCUAUUUGUGGCAAUAUCGGUUAUCCUGGUGUUUAUACCCUGACAAGUGCUCCCAGAAUCUUCAACUGGAUCAACGAAACUACUAAUGGUAACGUUGUUGUCAUAAACCCGUGAGAGGUCAUUUAAGAGAUAAAACGUUGUAGUUAUUGGAGUAAGUUCAAGGAGUUAAGAUUAACUAGAGCUUGAAUUAAGAAGAUCAAUAAAAAAAGUAU